AUGUUGGUUCUUAACUUCUUGGCCAGUGUGGCUGUUCUUCUACCUCUUGUUUCUGGAGCCCCUAUUUCAAUAAAGAAAGCGACACCUUCAAAUCAGCAAGCAUGCCAUUGUCCAAAGCACGCCAAUGUCAAUCCUAAAUCCCUAACCAAGAGAAUAUUGGGAUUGAACCUUGGGACGGAUAUGCUCACAGACAACAUGCUUGCCGUAAUGGGCAAGGGCGCCAAACACAAACACACUCACGCUCAUGUAACCCUGCUUCAAAUAAACGUACCAGGCGGCUGCUGUGGGGGACGAAAGUCAGCGCCAGGUAGCCCAAUGUCAGAGAAAGUGCCAGACUCUCCAUUUGACACUCCAAAGUCAGACAAAGCGUCAAACUCUCCGUUUGACAAUCCAAAGUCAGACUCAACGUCAAUGACUGCUCCACAGCCACAGUCAAUAUCAAUGUCAAAGUCGGUCCCAAAGCCAAAACCAGUUCCAGUUCCAGGGCCAAAACCAGUUCCAGAGCCAAAGCCAGUUUCUUCAGCGCCAUGGAACUGGCCAGUUGCACAGCCAAAGCAAAAGAUGGACAAGAGAGCAGGCGUUGCAGAAUUUAUCGGAGGAAAUAUACUUGGCAAACUUGGCAAGUCAACUGCCAGUCAACACACUUACUUCACCCUACCACAUGCCCUUGGUGGUGUAAGAAAGCAAAAGCAACCGAAAGCGCCAAAGCCAAAGAAGGAGCCAAAGCAAAAGCAAAAGGUGAACGGAAAUCAAUAG